AUGAUGUACGAAUAUUACCCAUUACAGUAUGAUCAUUUUCAUCCUCAUCAACUACAGUAUACUUUCGCCAAGUACAAUUUCCCACCCUUUUUCUCUCUCCUCUACCUUUAUAUAUUGAGAAUGACUCCUGGGUUUGAUGGGUAUUGGGGAGCUAUAUCACAUUCUUUGAAUCCUCUGUUUUUUGUUGAACAAAACAAUCGAAAAAGAUGGGUUUUUUUAGGAGUGAAAGCGUGAUCUAUAAGCCUGUUGAUCAGAUUGAUCUUGGUCCUGAGAGUGAUGAAGUUUAUAUUAGUCCCAUUGUUAAAGCUCCACGUAUGGCGGGAAUUUUGGUCAAACUCUUUGUUUGGAUUCUGGAGUGCAGGAUAGUUGGAAUGAUGUUUCUGUAUUUCCUCAAGAAAGACAACUUGAUUCAUAAGCUUGUUUCAUAUGCCGAGUUGGAAGAGUCACCUGUAUAUGUCCCAUUACAUCCUUCUGAAGGUAUUACCUUCUCGGGAACACUUCAUUUAGAUCCCCCAGAGAAAGAAGUGCAAUGCAUCAAAUCUAACAGUAAUCCAUGUGAAAGAGUACAAGAGGUGCUACAAUGCCUUCCUUCUUCUUCAGGAAGUAUUUCAAGCGAUACAAAUCCUUGGUUUCGGCGCUGGACAAUAAUGGACUACUCAGAAGCCUACAGAUCUGGAGUGCUGACUCCAAGCAUGGUGGCCGAGCGAUUUAUUAGAGCUGUCGGACAAUCAUCUAAUACUAAAUGCAAUAUGUCGUUUUUUAUUAGUUGUGAUGCCAAAAAUAUUUUGGAGCAAGCUGCUGAGUCUACUCUUCGUCAUAAUAAAGGAAAACCACUCUCUGUGCUGGAUGGAGUGCCAAUAGCCAUCAAAGAUGAAAUAGACUGCAACCCUUAUCCAACUACAGGAGGUACGAAAUGGUUGCACAAGUUUAGAUCCUGCGAAAAUGAUGCUUGUUGUGUUGAACGUCUGAGAUCAUGUGGUGCGUUACUCGUUGGGAAAACCAACAUGCAUGAGCUUGGUGCUGGGACAAGUGGAAUAAAUCCUCACUACGGGGUAACUCUCAAUCCUUACAACACCAGUCGGAUAGCUGGUGGAUCUUCUAGUGGCUCUGCUGCCGUUGUUUCUGCAGGAUUAUGUCCUGUCGCACUUGGUGUUGAUGGUGGCGGGUCAGUUCGUAUGCCUGCAGCUCUCUGUGGUGUUGUUGGUUUCAAGCCAACUUUUGGACGUGUACCUCAUACAGGCGUACUUCCUCUUAAUUGGACAGUUGGGAUGGUUGGAAUUCUAUCUGGUACGGUUGAAGAUGCUUUAAUAACUUAUGCAGCUAUUAGUGGUCAACUCCUCUCAGACCAGCCUACAGUUUUGGCGCCUAAAGUGAAACUGCCUCUGCUGAGACCAAAGACAUUAAUUGGUGAUAUCAAAAUGGCGAGAUAUGGAAAGUGGUUUGAUGACUGUCACUCUGAUAUCAAGCUUUGUUGCUCUCACGCUCUUGAUAAACUUCAGAAGUGUUAUGGAUGGGAGACUGUAGAGGUGACGAUACCAGAUAUAGAAACAAUGCGACUAGCACACUAUACAACAAUUGGAUCUGAGUGCACUGCUGCACUUCACCAUCUUCGGCAGAAACUAAACUCCUCGGAAAUUGGAUGGGAUGUACGAGUGGCACUUUCUAUUUAUGGUGCCUUUAGUGGCAUGGAGUAUAUUCAAUCUCAGAAAAUCAGGCACCGACAGAUGCUUUUACAUAACAAAAUUUUUUCAAAAGCAGAUGUUAUUGUUACUCCAACAACUGGUGUAACUGCUUACCUGAUCAAGGAUGAUGCUUUAAAAACCGGCGAACUUGAUUACAUUAAUGGAGCCGCCCUGGUACGCUAUCAAAUAGCAGGAAAUUUCCUUGGCCUUCCUGCAGUUACUGUACCGAUUGGAUAUGAUUCAGAAGGAUUGCCUAUUGGCCUGCAAUUUAUCGGAAAACCAUGGGCUGAAGCAACAUUGAUUCACAUAGCAUCUGCAGUCCAGGCUUUGUGCAUUUUAGACUACAGGAAGCCAGCAGUUUUCUAUGAUCUAUUCAAAUCAAUAUGAUCGGAACUGAACUUCAUUAUGGAGAGCAAUGUAAAUUAGAUUUGGUAUGUAGUAAAGGGGUGUCUGACUGUCUGAUCUUCAGAUAUACUGCAGCACGUCAGAGAUGAAAAGGGCAAUCUGUGCUGCGAGGCUAUAUUUAAUUACUGUUAAAAUUUGAUUGAGCUUAUUUGUCAAGUGAUUAUAAUUGAAACUAUAAUAUCUUCAAUUUAAUACAAUCUGUUUGGCUUUACUUGCAUUACUUAUUUAUUUAUGUAUGCUUUGAACAAUCACCAGAUCUACUGUUCCCAACAUAAUGAAAGUUGGAGGUUAUGAUUUUAUUUUGUAACACUCGACAGUUGAUAGGAAUUACGACUACAAUGAUUUACAGUUUU